AUGACAGAAGAGACGCAGCACCUGCAGGAGACAGGUGGGGCCCGGGGGCAGCUGCGGCCCCGAGUUGAGGGACAGCCACUGAAGAUAGCGGAGACAGUUUUAAAAAGGAGACAGCAAGACAAAAUCGCAAGAGAAGAAAGGGCCCAGUCUAUUGCACAGGCUAAAAGAGCCCGGAGGCGAAGAGAACAGCCAAAAGUGAAGACGGCGCAGUACUUCAUUAAGAAGGCCCAGCAGGCAAUGCUAGACAGCAAAAGGCUUCGGGUGCAGCGCAACAGGAAGCCGAAGCAGCAGAGACAACCAGCAGCAAAAAUUUAUUGUGUUGUACGCAACCACAGACAAGGAGGAUGUAAAAAGACAAGAGAGGCCCUGAAGGCUUUGGGGCUUACUGCGCCGUACACUUGCACUUUCAUUGCUAACGAUGAACGCUCAACAACCACUUUAAGAGAAGUGUCUCCUUUUGUCUUCUACGGUCUCCCCUCUGCUAGCACUGUCCGGAGGCUCUUCCUCACCAGGGCCCGGCUGCAGCAGGAGCCAGGGGGCCCCAGCUGUAUGCUCUCAGACAACGUGAAGGUGGAGGAGACAUUUGGCUGCUUCGGUCUCCUUUGCGUAGAAGAUCUUAUUAACGAGGUAUUCACCUGUGGGCCCCACUUCGCAGAUGUUAUGGAGAAAGUGGGGUAA